AUUUAUCAAACGCUCGGGGUAAACAAAAAAACAAAACUACUCAGGGUAUCUCAAAAUGUUGUCUAUUCGGGGAUUCAUUAUUGUGCUGUCACCGUUUUGCACUUGACAUGACGUUUGCCGUAACUAUUGUUUAGCCCUUUAAAACGUCUGUAGGUCGACACGCGAUUUUACCUAAUCCGCUCUGCGCACAAGUGUAGUGACGAACUUCCGCUUUCCCCCCCACAAGUCGGCAGAUCAGUUUCCUGUUUACUUCCCGGCCCGCCUCGGUCGCCGCAAAGAGCGAGAUGAGUGCUGUACGGAAAAGAAAGAAGUACAACGUGCGUGAUUUGUACAAGUUUCAAAGAACUGUGAGUGGCUCUAAUGAGCACUGCUGUGUGCCACUUUGCUCGGCUUCGAGUCGAUAUAACGGCGAUUUGAGCUUCCACCGCUUCCCGAAAAACACCGGCCUUCGCGCGCAGUGGCUGCACAAAAUUAGGAGGACGGGGUUUUCGGUGACCCCACACAGCAAGGUAUGCAGCCGACAUUUCGAGGAUAAUCAAAUCCUCAAUACUGCCAAGGGUAGACGGAUUUUAGCAGCAAGCUCCGUCCCAUCAUUGUUCGAGUGGAACAACUACACCAACAAGACACGUGCCGGUGUUUGGGAGCGCCGAACUCUACCAUCUAGUCCGGAACCUGGCCCGGAGCCCGAGGAGGAGGCCGAGCAACCCGUCCCAAUCAUGGUCCCGAUGGUCGUGGAACACGACUACGGGGCCAGCCGCACCGUGUGUGUGGACCGGGAGCAGUAUGAAGAUAUGUUGAGGGAAAUCGAGGAGCUGAGACAGCAGCUCCAAACAUAUCAUCUGCAAAACUCGUUUGGACUCCGGCGGUUUGCUUCGUCGCCAGAAGACAUCAGGUUUUACACCAGAUUCCCCUCAUACGAGCAUCUGAUGGCAUUUUGGAACCUGAUCGAGGCAGCAACAGCCAAAAUAGUUAGGGUCACCAGAGCAAGGAAAACCUAUGCCACUAGCACGACAACUGAAAGCCCUUUAACCAGACCAACUAAACUGCUGCCGAUAGAUGAGCUCUUCCUUUUCCUGACAUACCUGUCCACCGGCUGUACGCAGAGGGAGCUGGGCCAUAGAUUUAACAUCCACCGAGCAACAGUCAGCCGAAUAAUCGUAACCUGGACCAACUUCCUCUACAGCCUACUGGGCUCGGUCUGUAUAUGGAUGUCCCCUGCAGCUGUGAAGGCCAGUCUUCCACAUGACUUUGAUGGUGGCUACAGUAACACACAAGUAGUCCUUGACUGCACAGAGCUACAGUGUCAAACACCUUCAUCCCUGCUCCUCCAGAGUGAAGUUUUCUCCACCUACAAGUCCCACUGCACCUUCAAGGCUAUAGUGGGCAUGUCCCCUCACGGAGCCCUGACUUUUGUGUCAGCACUCUUUGAGGGUUCCAUGAGUGACAAGGAGGUGUUUCGUCAGUCAGGGAUUAUGUCACUCUUAACACCUGACAUGGCCAUCAUGGUUGACAAGAGAUUCUCGGUGGAUGACCUUGUGCCUGGGAUUACUGUUCAUCGUCCUGCCUUCCUCUCCAAGAGGACCCAGAUUCCAGAGGUGAAUGUUCUGAAGACGCAGUCCAUUGCCCGUUUAAGGGUGCGCGUCAAGAGGAUGAUCAGAAGAGUUAAAGAGAAUAAACUCUUUGAUACCACUAUUCCUCUCUCCAUCUCAGGGAGCAUAAAUCAACUAUUCACAGUUGCAUGCCUCCUCUCAAAUUACCAAAAUGGACCACUGGUCAAGAAAUGGAGAUAUGAAAAUUGAAAUUUUAGCCAUAUCUACUACCUCUUCUGAGGAACUUGAAAUUAAUUAUGUUUUGCUGUGUUAAACAUAAACUUUUCUUAUGAAUUCCUUACCAUUUUUAAUUGGUAAAUUGUCUUUGAUAAAUUGUCUUUUGACUGUGUGUUUCAUGAGAACUUGAAGGUGCAACUUAAUAAAAAAAAAUAUUCUAAUAAUCACAAUCAUGGUCAUAUAAUAAUUCAGUUACAGUUGUCAUUGUUAAGUUGUACAGUUGUCAUCGUUGAAGGGGCAGUUCACCCAAAAUUCAUCAAAAACAUUUUUGUCCUUAUCCGGAGCGCUAUCUAU